AUGACUUCUAACGCUGCUGAAUCGUUGAAUAAUGCUCUUCUGCCCGCUCGUGAUAGUCCUAUAAUGGCAUUGUUCGAGUUUAUUCGCCGGAAGCUGUGUACCUGGUAUGUGAGCAGACGCACCGAGAUCAGUAAGAUGAAGGGAAAUGUUCCAGAUAAUAUUCAAAAGAUACUGGUCAAACAGCUGGUGCUGUCAACGGGCCUUCUAGUUGUGCCAUGUUCGACUUGGUUAUUCGAAGUUACGCACAGGCCAACUAAUUUUGGUUUCACGGUUGAUCUGGAUAAACGAACUUGCACUUGCCUCGAAUUCCAAAAGCUUGGUUUGCCAUGCCGACAUGCCAUUGCUGCUGCUUCUUGCCGUAAUAUGUAG